AAAAUCAAGACAUCACCAUCAUCAUGAACAACAACAACAUGAACACCGGUAACCCAGCUGGCGGCAAAGAAGACUAUCUCGACAAAGCCGUCGAUGCCGUCGAAAAGAAACUCGGAGGCAUGAGUGGCAAAAACGUCGAUCCACAAAAAUACCGCGCCCAAAAUGAGAAACUCACCGAUAAGAUAAGAGGUUUUCUCGAGAAGGCUACUGGCAAGAAGAUGCCUUCGAAGUUUUCCAAUUGAUUUCAAUGCGAAUUGUUGGUGAUUACCUAUCUUAUCACAAUUUGUACGACGAAAUGUUAUGAGGAUGGGUUGUUUUGUUGUUGUUUUAUGAUUGUUUUCUGUUGGAGUAUCGAAUACCAAGUAUCAAAUAUCAAGUGUAUUGGAAGGGAUGGAUAAUGAUAAAAGACUUGGAGAAAAAAGACGAGAUCUGU